CCCCCAUUUCUUUCUUCUGUUCGACCCUAAACUAAAAACAUGCCCAGCCCUCCCUUCUUCCCCAACAUUUCACAACAACCAACAAAUCAAAGAAAUCACAUUCACUCUUAAAGUGAACUCUCCCCCCCACAGGACUAUGAAGAAGACAGAAUGUUGCUGUUCGGUUUAGAGUAAUACGAGGUGUAGGCGAGUAGGGCUAGCUUAGAGAAAUGGCUGACACAAACUCAGUCGAUUUGAUUCUGGACUUUCUGCGGAGAAACCGGUUCACAAGAGCCGAGGCAGCUUUGCGUGGAGAGCUUAGUAAUCGACCUGACUUGAACCUUUUUCUUCAAAAGCUUACUCUGGAAGACAAGGAUUCUUUGGGCAAUUCCCUGGAAAGAGAGAACGGGGACAAACCUGUUGCAGAUUAUCAAAGGUUUUCUCAUAACGCCAGUGAAGUUUCAAAGGAGCUUAUAGUGAAGGAGAUACAAUGUGGGACUGGUAGAAAUGGGUCUGAAAGCAAAUGGAAGAAUGCCACUUCUACUGGGGAGCGGAAUAAAGGGAAUGAAGCAGUUGGGACUAGUGACAAGGGCUUCACUUUUUAUAACGGUUCUGAGGACACUGUGCUCGAUUUGUAUUCGUGGAAGUUUAGUUCCAGCAAUGGCACUGCAAAUCAGUAUGCUGGAGGUGAGGAUUCUGGUGAAGCAGGGAAAAUUACUGCGAAAUCCGGAGAUGUUAGUUUUUCUGGUGAAAUGAAAAAUUCUUGGGUUGGAAGUACCAGUAAAGUUGUUACGGAACCCAAGUACGACAAAACCCAGAUGAGUGAACCAAAGGAACUGGAUCAGCAGCUUAAGACUAGUGGUGGCGCAUACUUCAAAGAAAACUUUACUGAUAAUCUAUGGUCAAGGGGCGAGGAAGCUGCGAAUUCAUCUUCAGGUGCGUGGAAAGACUGUUCUGUAAAGACUGUUUUCCCCUUUCCUAAGGUAGAUGUUUCAACUGGUAUUGACAGCGGCUCUGCUUCGGACAAGAAGGAAGGAAAGAGAAAAGUAGAGGUGAGUGAUGUAAGGGUAGCAAUAAAGGAGCAAGUGGAUGAAGUGGGUAGAGCUUUAUACAUGGGGAAGUCACAAGGAAGUUCCGAGAAAAAGACCAUCAGCAGCUUAGUUUUUCCACUUGUGUCAGAGAAUCAAAAAGAAGAGUUACCAAGGUUGCCACCUGUUAAACUCAAGUCAGAAGACAAGUUAUUGAAUGUUAAUUGGGAGGAAAAGUACGAUCGAGAUGGUCCUGUCACUAAACUCAGCAGCGCUGAAAACGCCCUGCUUAUAGGGUCAUAUCUAGAUGUCCCUGUUGGGCAAGAAAUUAACUCUUCAGGUGGGAGGAGAAACGCUGGAAGCAGUUGGCUAUCGGUAAGUCAGGGGAUAGCAGAGGAUACUUCUGAUCUGGUUUCUGGUUUUGCUACUGUUGGUGAUGGGUUGAGUGAAUCUGUUGACUAUCCAAAUGAAUACUGGGAUUCUGAUGAGUAUGAUGAUGAUGACGAUGUGGGAUAUAUGAGGCAACCUAUUGAGGAUGAAGCCUGGUUUUUGGCUCAUGAAAUUGAUUACCCAAGUGACAAUGAAAAAGGAACUGGGCAUGCAAGUGUUCCAGAUCUACAGGAAAGAGGUCCAACCAAAGAUGAGGACGAUGAUCAGUCUUUUGCUGAGGAGGAUUCUUACUUUUCUGGUGAGCAGUACUUUCAAGCAAAAAGUGUUGAGCCAGUUACUGCUUCAGAUGAUCCUAUAGGGCUGUCGGUGACAGAAUUAUACGGGAGGAAUGAUGAUAACGACUUAAUAGCUCAGUACGAUGGGCAGUUGAUGGAUGAAGAAGAACUGAAUUUGAUGCGUGCAGAACCUGUUUGGCAGGGCUUUGUCACUCAGACAAAUGAACUUGUAAUGUUAGGUGAUGGGAAAGUUCUGAAUGACAGCGGAAGGCAGCGUCUAGAUGAUAUUUGUAUGGAGGAUGAUCAGCAUGGUUCAGUAAGAUCAAUUGGCGUAGGAAUCAACAGUGAUGCUGCGGAUAUUGGUAGUGAAGUAAGGGAAAGUUUAGUUGGAGGCAGUAGUGAAGGGGACCUAGAAUACUUCCGGGAUCAUGAUGUUGGAUUUGGUGGAUCCAGACAGUCUCAUCAUGAUUCAGACACGAGAUACAUCACAGAUAAAAAGAAAAGUAGUAAACAAGAGUCAAACAAAUAUGUAGUUGGGAAUAGUAAAGGUGCACCUAUGGAGAUGAAAAAUCACACAGAUGGGGGAUUCUCAUUUCCUCCACCACUGAGAGAUGGACAACUGGUGCAGGGAAGCUCUAGUCAAUCUUUAUGGUCAAACAACUGUAAUGCUGUUGCUGGUGAUGAUACUGAUGAGUGCAUGAAUGAUAUAAUGAGGUCCGAUGACAUGCUCACUUCAUGGAGGCGGAAGAGCAGUGAUUCUUCACCUGUCAAGAGUUCCAGGGAUGACAAUGGUAAUGCUGCUAGGUCCACUAAUUCUUCUCCCUCAACACUCUCAAAUUAUGCUUAUGCUGAAAGAGAGCACGGGGAGCAAGAAGAUGAUGAAAAAGCUGGUGUUGCUAGGGAAGAAGAUACGGCAGCAUCACUUGAGGAUGAAGAGGCAGCUGCUGUUCAAGAGCAAGUGAGGCAAAUUAAGGCUCAAGAGGAAGAAUUUGAAACAUUCAACCUUAAGAUUGUGCACCGAAAAAACAGAACUGGAUUUGAAGAAGAUAAGAACUUUCAUGUCGUCUUAAAUUCAGUGAUAGCUGGUCGCUAUCAUGUUACUGAGUAUCUUGGAUCAGCCGCAUUCAGCAAAGCUAUACAAGCACAUGAUUUGCAUACUGGCAUGGAUGUUUGUGUAAAGAUAAUAAAGAACAACAAGGACUUUUUUGAUCAAAGCUUAGACGAGAUAAAGCUUCUCAAGUAUGUCAAUAAGCAUGACCCUGCUGACAAGUACCACCUCCUCCGAUUGUAUGACUACUUUUAUUAUCGAGAACAUUUGCUAAUAGUAUGUGAACUUCUCAAGGCAAACUUAUACGAAUUUCAUAAAUUUAAUAGAGAAUCAGGAGGAGAGGUUUACUUUACAAUGCCAAGAUUGCAGUCAAUUACGAUUCAGUGUUUAGAUGCUCUUCAGUUUUUGCAUGGCCUUGGCCUAAUACAUUGUGACUUGAAACCCGAGAAUAUACUGGUGAAAAGCUACAGUAGGUGUGAGGUAAAGGUCAUUGAUCUUGGGAGUAGUUGUUUUGAGACGGAUCAUCUCUGCUCCUAUGUUCAAUCUAGGUCCUACCGGGCUCCAGAGGUUAUCUUGGGACUUCCAUAUGAUAAAAAGAUAGAUGUAUGGUCUCUUGGCUGCAUCUUGGCAGAACUUUGUACUGGCAAUGUGUUAUUCCAAAAUGAUUCGCCUGCAACUUUACUUGCACGGGUGAUAGGAAUUGUAGGUCCUAUUGAACAAGGCAUGUUGGCAAAAGGCCGAGACACGUACAAAUAUUUUACCAAAAAUCACAUGCUUUACGAACGGAAUCAGGAAACAAAUAGGCUGGAAUACUUGAUACCGAAAAAGACAUCCUUGAGACAUCGACUUCCGAUGGGGGACCAAGGAUUCAUAGACUUUGUUGCUCAUUUGCUUGAGGUAAACCCUAAGAAGCGGCCAUCUGCAUCGGAGGCUCUGAAGCACCCCUGGCUAUCAUAUCCUUAUGAACCCAUUUCGGCUUGACUUUUUUGGGGGUUCGCUUGAUUGUGGUUAGAUGCAGCAGAUGCACCGAUGUUUUCGUUAGUGUCUUGCAAAGGGUCUGAGAGGGGAGGGCCCCAUACAUUUGAUUGGUUACCAGAACUCAUUAUCUAUUUAAAAGUGAUUUCGGAAGAGAUUUGCACUUUCACAUUUCCGUGCAACACGUUCGUUCAAAGGUAUGUUUGGCUUGUGGUGGUGAUGCCCCUUUUUUCCCCGUACCCUCACCAAGUUGUACUCCUGUUAACCGUAAUCAGAAUGUAAUUGUGCACGUGCUGUAUUACUAGGUUCAUCACUUUGUUUUAUGUAGUGAAGGGGGAAGUCUCAAAAUUCCUGUUGUACAUGAUGUUUGUGAUAAUUCUUUUUAGGUUAAUUAGUAAUAUCUUUGUGAAAUAUCUGCCUAAUCCAGUUUUGGCUUGGCUCUCUUCAUGUGCUUCAUUGUAACAGACGAUGUGCCAUUGAGCUUUGUGCUUCUGUGUAAUCUUAUCUCUUUUUCUCAGUCUCUUUUAGUCAA